UUGUUGGCCUACAUCAGACGCAGCUAGAUAUGCCGAAGAAUUGGAAAGUCAUACCAGAAGCCAGAUAUGUAGCAACUAUAAAUGAAUCAUUUACUAUAGAUUUAACUACUUUUUCAAUAGCUUGUGGUUGGUGCAACAAUUUGGAUUUAGACAAUCAAAUUGAAAACGGACCUACAGUAAAUACGUCGGGAAUUCAUUUUACCAAUAUCACCGAUGGAAUGAGUACAUUAUGGAAUUGUGUUUUGACGUUAGAUCAAGGAUGGGAUCCUAUGGCUAAAGUUUUGCAAAUAAACACUACUAAUAGCGUAUUUCCUUUUCAUCUUCACGUUAAAGGCGCAAAAACAGUGAAAGUAUUAGUUAAUAAUAAAGAGUUAUCGUUCGUCAGAGCAAAUCUAUCGGAACCUUAUGAUGGAGAAGCGGAGUAUUUCUUUAAGGAAGACGAAACUGUAGAUGUGGUCUGCAUAAACAAAUUUUCUAAAGGAUCGGUUCAUAUUAAGUACAUUACAAAAGGUUUUUCAUACGCUGACCCGAAAAAUGUGACAGACAACUCUAAGUUUACCAUCAAGUUGACAUCAGAAUACGCCAACUCAUCAUUUCAAUGCGUUUAUACGUCGGAAUUCAAUGAAACAUAUGUAUACAAGAUUAACUUUCGUCCAAAAUCUGCAGACGAGAGCUCAAUAGCAAAUUACAUACGAAAAAUAACAAAUGAACCAGACAAGAGUGGUACACUUUUGAUCGUAGGCUGUUCUGUUGGCGCUGCGAUUUUAGUCCUUAUUUUUAUAGGCGUAGGGUGCUAUUUCAAAAGACAUGGAAACGUCAAAAAUGAACUCAGCAAAAACGAAGAUUUAUACACAAUAUACGAUACGCCAGCCCCAGAUUAUAUAAAUACAUACGUAAAUGACAAAGCUGAUUGUCAGUAUGUAAAUGAAGGAUUCCAUAACGCUCCGUUAAGCGAAAACAUAUAUAAUGAUAGACAAAGUAAUGUAUAUGCUGAAGUUAAUUAUGACACUUGUAAACCAAAAACAAGUGUAUCACAGACAAGAUACAGUGUUGUCUAUGAUGCACCGUACGGAAGAAUAUCUGUGAUAAGAGCUCACCAUAGACAAUCUUAAGAAAAACGAUUGGUUUACUUUUUUAACCGACUUCCCAAAAAAGAGAUGACAAUUUGGAUGUUUGUAUGUUUUAGUGUCUAAUUUUGUGAUAUUUUUAUUAUUUCAAUUAAUUUGCAAUAAAAACAAAAUUAU